UUUUUUUUUUUUGCCAUAAAAUCGAGAUUCCUUCAUAUACCUAGUGUUUUUUGCCAGUUUAUACAAUAGAUUUUUGUAAAGGAUGGGUAAAAGUUUGAGAUCACAGCAAAAGAAGCGAACCAGAGCUAUAAAAAGACAACAAGUUUUUAAACCGGUUGAAGAUGCUCGUCUUGAACGAUUAGCAAAAGCACAAGCUGAAGCUGUCACAAAACCUUCUGUAGGUGACUACAUGGAAGAUACAACAAAAGAUAACUCAGUCACAACCAACCCUACAGAUACCACUUCCACUAGCGGUGCAGUUGCUAUGGUGACAGAUGAGGCAGAACAGACAACAACGAAAAAGAUAUCAACCAGUGGUCCUCGUAGUAAUAGACAUGCUAGAAAGUUAAGGGAGAAGAAGAAGAAGGGCAAAAAGGGCACCAACAAAUUUUAAUUCACUCCAACUGACUGCUUCGACUCUUUUAUCUCUGACAAUAUGGGAUUUGUCCAGCAUUGACAUGGUUGAUACCUUUUCUUUCCUUUUUAUUUGUAAUGUAUAUACUUCUUUUUAAUCUGAUAUCUCUAGAUUUGAAUAUGGAUAAACGAAAAUAAACAUUUGAUAUUGUAAUAUGGGUUCUUUUCCAUAACGACAUAGUAGAUGGGGCUAGCGAAGAAUAAUGUUGGAAUUCAGGUUGUCUAUAUUAUUGUCA